CCAAAUUGUACUGCAACUGAGCGAGCCAUUGCAAGACUUGCAACACACCCCACCUUGAAACCCAGAUUUGUUGAACUUAAAGCUGCUGUCAAAGCUUUUCAGGAUGCAAGAAAGAACCCAUCCAAAGCCACUCCUUCAAAAAAUGCUAAAUCAGAAGAACACCCUAAAUCAGCGCAAAGUUUCAAUAAUAAUUCGGAUGAGCAAGCUCUUAAGCUACCUCAAAACCAGCAAAGAUGUGCACGCAAACAAAAAACGAGUAUGAAAAUAGUAACUGACAGGGUGGCUGAAGAACUUUGUGAGAGUGAAUCUGAGCAGAAAACUGUGGAAAUGGAGAGAGCAUGUGCUCCAGAGGAGUCUUCAUUUCAGGCAGUAGAAGUGCAAGCAGUUACUCAAAAUAAAACAGGAAAGAAACUUGGCUAUCAAAAAAGGCAAAAAAAUACAAGUAUGAACAAAUUAAAUGCAACAAAAGAAAGAAAGAAUGAUAAUCAGAAGAAUCCUAAUGAAGAGGAGUACUUUGAUGAUAGUACUGAAGAGAGGUUUUAUAACCAGUCAUCAGAUUCUGACAGUGACAGCAGUGAUGAUUUCUUCAUUGGCAAAGUAAAAAGAAAGAGAAAGACAGAAGCAGUUACUGAUCCUUCUACAGCCAAAGAGAAGGAUAGGCUUCAAAAAAACAUGCUGAAGAAAGAAAAGAGCACAGUGCCUGGGACAGUGCAAGGUUUGAUAAUGGAAGAAGGAAAGCCACAUGCAAAAGCAGACAAGCUAGAAACAAUGUUCUGCAGCUCUCUGUCUGCAUCUAUUCAGAAAUCUCAAAACAGAAGAAAUACUAAAGACAAGCCUCUCAGAAAUGGAAGAACAGCUCUUAUUAAAAAGGAACCACAGCUCAAGAAGCAACAGUUUGCAAAAGCUGCAGGUAUUAAAUUCGACAAUAAGAAAGCACGUUUGGAGCAGCCUCUUCAUCCGUCAUGGGAAGCAAGCAGGAGACGCCGGGAGCAAAUGUCUCAAAUUACAGUAUUCCAAGGGAAAAAGAUUAAAUUUGAUGACUAG